AUGUGCCGCUUUCUGUCAGAAGAAGAAUGUAUUGACCAUGAUGAAGCUAUGGGACAGCAUGUGCAGUCUCACAGAAGAAUCCAACAACAAGUGAGAUUGAGCCCAAAGCUGGGAAAGAUUAAUGUCCUUGUUGUUUUGGCAAGAUUCACAGAUCACACUGACAGGGAUAUGAUCCCAGUUCGGGACAUCCGAACGUUUUGGCUCGUCAACAUGAGAGAUUGGUUCCGAGCCAAUUCACAGGGGCGCUAUGAUAUUGAACCCACAGUCAUUGACUGGCAAACAACAGACAACACAGAACUGUACUAUUCCAUGGGAAGAAGAGGGAUUGUGCCAGAAUCACAGCAGAUCGCAUGGCCAAUCCUUAGUGAGCUAGAUGCAAGACUGGGUUGGGACUGGAGCAAGUUUGAUGCGGAUGGCAAUGGAGAAAUUGAUUCAUUUGUCAUCAUGCACAGUGGCUACGGAGCAGAGACUUUUGAAACAGACUGUUAUGAUGCAACCUAUGAGAACCGAAUCUGGGCUCACGCUUUCAGUGCUUCAAGGAGGAGGGAUUCCUGGUUCUCAGCAGACAGGAAAAUUCGACUCAAUACAUACACAGUGUCCUCAGCGUUCGAUGCUGAGUGUGGGACAGUGCCAGCAAAAAUUGGCUUGACAGCACAUGAGUACAUGCACACUCUAGGACUUGAGGAUCUCUAUGAUGGUGUUGAUGCUUUGGCUGCAUCAGGUGUUGGUGCCUUUGACAUCAUGGCUUUUCCGUUAAGUCCAGCUGAUGAUGCAAAUAAUCCUGGUCAUCUAUCCCCUUGGAGCAAGGUGCUGGCAGAUUGGCUAGAACCAGUAGAAAUCACCAGUGAUGGCAUGUACAACUUGAAGGCUGCAGAAUUAUCAGAUGAAGCAUAUAGGAUCAAUCUCAAUGAUUUUGGAUCUCAAUCAGAAUAUUUGUUGAUUGAGAAUAGGCAGCCACUGUUGUUUGACAUCCACAUGUGGGGAGCUGGUCUUGUUAUUUACAAUAUUGAUGAUGCGGCGCCACUGCAAAAGAACCGGGGAUAUCCAGGUCAACCUGGCUGGCCGCAAAAUGGAAAUCACUAUCAGGUUGCAGUGCUUCAAAAGGAUGGCAAUUAUGAUCUCGAACAGGGAGAGAAUAGUGGAGAUGCUGGUGACAUGUGGAUGCCUGGAGACACACUGGGCCCAGGAAAGGGAGGCUCAGUUUACCCCAACACUGACAGCUACCAGGGUGGA